AUGAUACUCAGUUUUGCUGGUCUGGGCUUCAGGGGCUGCCUGAGCAUGGAAGAAGAGGCCGGGCUGCAAGAGUUGGAGCUGGCCAAGGAGGGCUUGACCUGGGUCUUGGAGAAAUGCUUUGGAGAAGGGGAGGAGAGAAGGUGUCCCCAGUGGGGUAGGAGUGACAGACUGGGGACACCCCCCAGAGGGAGGGGGUGUGCUAGGAUGACCCCAAAGGCUGUGAAAUCAACCAGUGGAAUGUUGAAAAGACCAAAGACCUUGCCAAAUCCUACCCAGCAACAUCCCCUGGCUCCCUGCUCCCUCAGUAUGAUUGCUGCUCCAAGCCUCACCUGUUACUGCCUCCUCUUUUUCUUCCUUUUGGGUGAUGCAGGGGCUGAGGAGUUUCGAAAGGCUGCCCCAGAACAAAUACAUUUGUCCUACCCAGGUAAACCUGGUUGCAUGACGGUGACCUGGACCACUUGGGUACCAGCUGCCUCUGAGGUCCAAUUUGGGAUGCAGCCAGGCGGGGUUCUGCCCCUGCGGGCCCAAGGCACCUCCAGCCUCUUCGUGGAUGGUGGCAUCCUGAGGCGGAAGCUGUACAUGCACCGAGUUACCCUCCAGGGGUUGCUGCCUGGUGUCCAGUAUGUGUACCAAUGUGGCAGUGCCCAAGGCUGGAGCCGAAGGUUUCGCUUCCGGGCUCUCCAGUCUGGGCCCAACUGGAGCCCCCGCCUGGCUGUCUUUGGUGACAUGGGGGCUGACAACCCGCAGGCUCUGCCCCGACUCCGAAGGGAGACCCAGCAGGGGAUGUACGAUGUGGUGCUGCACGUGGGAGACUUUGCCUAUAACAUGGACCAGGACAAUGCAAGGGUGGGCGACACCUUUAUGAGGCUGAUCGAGCCUGUGGCUGCCUCCGUCCCCUACAUGACAUGCCCCGGGAACCAUGAGGAACGCUACAACUUCUCCAAUUACAGAGCACGUUUCAGCAUGCCAGGGAACACGGAAGGGCUCUGGUAUAGCUGGGACCUGGGGCCUGCCCACAUCAUCUCCUUCUCCACUGAAGUCUAUUUCUAUCUCCACUAUGGACGGCAUCUGAUUCAGAAACAAUUCCGCUGGCUAGAGAGGGAUCUGCAGAAAGCCAAUGAUAACCGGGCAUUGAGACCGUGGAUUAUAACAAUGGGGCACCGUCCCAUGUACUGCUCCAAUGCUGACCUGGAUGACUGCACACGACACGAAAGCAUAGUCAGAAAAGGCCUUUCCGGUGGUCGCUAUGGCCUGGAGGACCUCUUCUACAAAUAUGGAGUUGACCUGCAGUUGUGGGCCCAUGAGCACUCCUAUGAGCGACUCUGGCCUAUCUAUGACUACCAGGUCUAUAACGGAAGCCAAGAAAGUCCCUAUACCAACCCCCGUGGACCCAUCCACAUCAUCACUGGAUCUGCUGGCUGUGAGGAAUUGCUGACCCCUUUUGCCCCUUUCCCGAGGCCUUGGAGUGCCAUCAGGGUGAGGGAAUACGGCUUCACCCGGCUCCAUGUUCUUAAUGGUACCCACCUCCAUGUGCAGCAGGUGUCUGAUGAUCAGGAUGGGAAGAUUGUGGAUGAUGUAUGGCUGGUCAGACCUAAGCAAGGCCGUAGGACCUACCUCUAG